AGAGAAUGCUUCGUCUCUCAUCAGCAACCAGUGUACUCCAGGAUUAAUAUUGUUCAUCUCCAGCAUGUCGCAUUUCAAAAGUGUCACCAGCGAGUUUAAGAAGCGUCUGGCGGAUCAGCCCGUCAUCAAGCGUGCUGUGGUCACACCUCUGGCUGCUCAGGAUGACGGCCCGCUAUACACAUCUUCAAAUGCCAAUCCGAACAACAAUGGAUUGCAAGUCUUCAAGACCAGCAAGAAGAAGAAGACUGAGGUGUACUCUCAACCGCAGGACACAGGAGCAGGCAAACAUAUCAUGAGUUUGGUCCUUAGUGCCAUCAACUUUUUGAAGUCGACAGAUGAACCACAGACGGUCGAGGAUAUGAAGCGUAAAGGAAACGUUGAUCUGGAUGCCAACCCUGAGCUCUAUGCCCGACUGAAGGCUAAUGAGAAAGUAGAUUAUAAUGAGCGGGAUGGCACGUUUGCCUACAAGCCAACAUAUCAGAUCAAGAGCAAAGAGGAUUUGUUUAUGAUGCUGGAAAAGCGGAGACAUGAAGGAGGGAUGGACUACAAGGAACUGAAGGACUCAUAUUCAAAACUCUUACAGGCGGUGGAAGAAUUGGCAGCAGAGGGCAGGAUAUUGGUGGUACGGAAUAAGGAUGGCAAUCCGAGGGUUCUUUUCUGGAAUGAUCAACGAUACAACACUGCCAUGGAUCCAGAGUUCCGUCAGAUUUGGCACAGGCUGCGAAUCCCGGAUGAGAUUGAUCUGCCAAAGGAACUGGAAAAAGCAGGGUUGACACAUAUGCAGGUGUUUGAUAAGAAGGGACCGGGCGACGUACCGAAGCGCAAGCAAGUGCGCCGGAACCGAAAGAUGAAGAUCACGAACACGCAUAUGAAGGGCCUGGAUCUUACCAAGGACUUUGUCAUUCAAAAGUGAAAAAAAAAAAAAAAAAAAAAAAAAAAAAAA